CACUGGACUUUGCUUAACAUCUUUCAGAUAGGAAAUUCGCUUUUAUUACUUACCUCAAAAUAAAUCUUAUUAAAAUGCAAAUCUAUCUAAUGAAAACAAGACUAAUUAUUAUAUUGAAAACCUUAGUGACAUGAAAAAUAAUAGGUUCAGGAAUUUAAUUCCGGGGUUUUGAUUGAUUUGAAUUUUUGAAAGCCGCUUUAGGUAAUAGCAAUCAGCUGAAUGCCAGCUGUUGUGAAACGAACUUCGCACAGAUUUCGAAACCUUACACUUAGCUUUUAACUAAUCAGAAUCCAACAAACCUUUCACUAUAUCGAUUCAAUUUAUAUUUAACCAAUGGGUAAGCAUAGUCACGAAAUAAACCAAUAAGCAUUAAGAUGUUAAAACGAACAACUGCAAGCUGAAUCGAUCUGUCAACUGUCAAGAUUUUAACUCAAGAGCCAAAUGAAGCUAGUUUUAUAUUACCUCGCCAAAAUGGCUGGCUCGUCUACGUUAGUGCGCGUGAAAAAAUCGCCCAAUAGUUUAUAUGAUUUGUGUUUGACGAAUUUAGUGAACUUUUUGCAGAAGUCAAAGUGUGGAAAAAAUGAAUUACGCUCAUUGCCGGACAGCAUUCUUAUGGAUGUUUAUUUCAAGAUGCUCCAGGAGAAGAGACUGUGUAUCCUGGGUGCGGAACUGACCGAGUUGGAUAUCUUCGAGAGGCUGUUGCGGUUUUCCGGGGCACAGUUGCGUUUGUUGCAAUGUUUCCAGGCGGUGAUUGAACAUGGAACGAAAUUGGCAACGGAAUUAUCGACGAGUUAUUUAUCGCGGUGUAGGUCCAGCACUCGGCCGAUUAAUUCACUCAUACAUCUGGGACUUAGAUUAGGUGGUUUUUUUAAUGAGGCCGGCUGGUACGCGGCCGGCGAACUUGUGCUGCUGCGAUGUCGGGACCUGUGCCAGUCGCAACCGCAGACCACGCACUACCAGCGUCUCACGCUUGAAUGCUGUCACAGGUUACUAAACACCCAGUCGGCCUACUGCUGCUUCCCGGCGGCAGCUGAGACAUACAAUCUAGCAUUACAACUGCUCGGUCUUACGGAUGAUUCCCUCAACCAACUCCCUGAAAUCUCAACAGCUACAGCCGAGUCGUGCUCCAAAGCGAUACAGACUGAAGACGAAGAAAUAGAGAGGCUAGAUUACCGUUGCGUUGACUGCAGUGCGGGCGGGGAGGCCGUGUGGGGCAUGUCGGCGCUGCAGGCGCGGCUCUAUAAGGAGUUCAGCACGUUGUUCUUCGUGCGCUGCGACUACAGCGCCGCCUACGCAUGGGGCAUGCGCGCACUGGCUCAUCUCAACACGGACACGCCGCCCAAGAUCAUGAUCGAAGUGCUGCGCGCGUGCGGCACGGCAUGCGUCGUGAAGCGGCGGUUCUGUGCGGCCGGGCUGCUCGUGCGGCAGGGCGUGGCUCUCGCGCGCCGCACGUUCGGGCCGCACCACCCGCGGUACGCGUCGGCGCUGCUCGACUACGGCUUCUACCUGCUCAACGUGGACUCCAUUACACACAGCGUGGCCGUCUAUGAGGAAGCGCUGGCGAGCCUGCGGCGCGUGUUCGGCCGCUGCAGCCUACACGUGGCCACGGCGCAGGAGGACCUGGCGUACGCGCUCUACGUGCUGGAGUACUCCUCGGGCCGCUUCUACAAGGCGCGCGAGCACGCCGAGCGGGCCAUCCGCAUCAUACAGAACUUAGUACCACAAGAUCACUUGCUUCUCGCAUCAGCUAAGCGCGUAAAAGCACUAAUAUUAGAAGAAAUCGCGCUGGACACCCCCGCUGGCCAGGAUAUGAGAGAGCCAAGUCUCCUAGAGGAAUCGGAAGCCCUACACAAGGCAGCAUUGGACUUGUCAAUGAUGGCAUUCGGAGAGAAGAAUGUACAGACUGCUAAGCACUAUGGGAACCUCGGUCGACUCUACCAGUCCAUGCAGAAGUUCCAGGACGCUGAGACGAUGCACCUGAAGGCGAUCGCGAUAAAAGAGGAAUUGUUGGGGCCGGAGGACUAUGAAGUGGGGUUGAGCGUGGGUCACCUGGCCUCGCUCUACAACUACCACAUGAACCAGCACACUGCCGCUGAGAAGCUCUACCUCAGAUCCAUCAACAUCAGCCUGAAGCUGUUCGGUGAGCGAUACUCUGGGCUGGAGUACGACUAUCGCGGACUGGUGCACGUUUUCAGCCAACUCAAAAGGCCCGAUCGCGCGAACUAUUACAACGAUCUGCUGCAGCACUGGCACGAACUUCGCGAACAAUCGAAGACGGAACAGCAGCCAGCGUUAGGUGACGAACAGGUGAUCCCCUUGGAAGAGCUGAAGGCUAAGGUGUUGCUGCAUAAUACAGAUUGAGCGCGCAGACGAGUCCAAGUGUGAUAGAGUAGAGAACGAGGGAAACAGCUUAGUGGAGGACACAGUACGUUUCAUACUUGUGGACGGGUGGUCGCUAUUUAGUCGCGUGAAACUGCCAUCUUGUUUACGUAGUGAGCUCAUUAUUAUAAUUAUUGUUAUCUCUAAAUAAAUCAUGGUUUAUCUUAUACUUCGACACUAAGUCAAUAAAAAUAAUAUGUGUUGUGCUGACAUAGGGACAGUAAUAAUAUAUAAUCAUUUCAGUGUAUCUUCUCAUGUAUAUGUAGUAGUUAUAUAUGUGUCGCUGUCUGUCUGUAUUCAGUUAGUUAUGUAUGAAUCGAUAAAUAUUUAGGUAUUUUGUGUCUGAAUUGUAUAUAAUGGAAAUAUAUUAUUGAAAUGUAAGCUUUGUGGGCUUAAUUUUAACAUUUGUCUGAUCUGUCGAUUGAUUUGUUUUUAUUGUCUAUUGAUCAUAAAAUGUUUGAAUAAAUCUUAUGAAAUUGAGUAUGUUGUUAAGACGCCACGACACACUGUAGACGUAAAAACCGAUUAUCAGGCGUAAGACUAACUCAUAUUCUUGUUUAGUCAACAUCGUCGAGUCUUGGGUAAUUUAUUGCUUCUAUUGCAGAAAGUGCAAGUAAGCUAAUAUAUUUAUUUUUUGGGUGUUAUAGAGCUCUUCUCCCUAUAACGGGUUAGAGUGGUUCCGCGUUAUAGGGGUAUAGCUGUAUAACGCGUUUUUGAUUCGUAAUAAUAAUUGGACGUAAUUCUAGAAAAAAGUUCCACAUCCCAAUCAUGUCGAAAUUGAGUUAAGAACACAAAACUGUUCACGUGAUUCAUAUUGAAUUCCUUAAAAUGUGAUAUUGUGGCUAGGAACAUUGUUCAGGAUCCAAUCCAAUUAAUUAAACGAAAAAUAUAUGGGGGAUAUAAUAUACUCCCCGUCUUAUAUUUUUCAAAUUUAUUACCACAAACCCGUUAGAAAGAUACUGAGUAGGAAACUGUAUAUUACUAUUUUUUUUUAGUAAAGCUCAAGUAUCUAGUAGAUAAUAAUAAUGAGUAAUCAACCAAUCACGCACAUUAUUUUUUAUUUCUCGUUUAAAGUCAUAUCUGGUAUUAUGUAUAUUGGUAUCCCUUGCCAUAGUUGUGUUAGUUUGGUGAGCUCGAUGUAUUUGUCCCAAAUAUUUAUAUCAAUAAGAGGCUAGUUAUGUUUGUGUUGAUCGGCUAUUAAGUGGUUUAUCAUUAUAAUUUAUAACCACUUCGUUAAUUUUUAUUUACAACCGUUAAAGAAGACCCGCGCAACAAAACGUUUGCCCUUAACUUAAUUUUGUGAUAGAAGUGCUUGUGAUACGUAAAUUAUUUUUAUAAACAAAUAUAGGUUGCAGUUACAAAUUUUUCAAAUGAAAUAAAAUAAAUUACUUCACUUUUCAUAAGGGUGUUACGAUAAUGGACUAUAUCGCCAGUCCACUAUAUCUGUUCCUUUCUAAUUAUAUAUGUUAAAUUGUAUAAUAGUUGAGUUAUCCAUUUAUAAGUACGUAUGUAGUUGUAGUUCGGUAAUUGUAACUUGCUUAGAGACUUUCCAAAUGAUCUCGACAGAACUGACUCAGCGUCCGUAACGCGCAGAUGUUGUACCGAGUACGUACCUAAUGUAACAUUUGAUCUUUGGUGGUCAUUUGCCUGCUGUUGUAUCAUUAAUGUACUUUUAGCUAUGUAGCUUCAAUGUGCAUAAUGUAGUGUAAACAUAUCUUCGUAAAAAAUCACUACGCGAAGACUACAUAUUGUUCUGAAUUCACGCUGAUUUGAACGUCAAAGUUAAAUUAAUAUAUCGCACUGGCAAUUAUACGGCGUAACACCUGUGCUCAGUUAAACAGCGAUACAACUGUGCUCAGUUUAACGGCGAUACAACUGUGCUCAGUUAAACAGCGAUACAACUGUGCUCAGUUUAACGGCGGUACAACUGUGCUCAGUUUAACAGCGAUACAACUGUGCUCAGUUAAAUAGCGAUACAACUGUGCUCAGUUUAACGGCGAUACAACUGUGCUCAGUUAAACAGCGAUACAACUGUGCUCAGUUUAACGGCGAUACAACUGUGCUCAGUUUAACAGCGAUACAACUGUGCUCAGUUAAACAGCGAUACAACUGUGCUCAGUUUAACGGCGAUACAACUGUGCUCAGUUAAACAGCGAUACAACUGUGCUCAGUUUAACGGCGAUACAACUGUGCUCAGUUUAACAGCGAUACAACUGUGCUCAGUUAAACAGCGAUACAACUGUGCUCAGUUUAACGGCGAUACAACUGUGCUCAGUUAAACAGCGAUACAACUGUGCUCAGUUAAACAGCGAUACAACUGUGCUCAGUUUAACGGCGAUACAACUGUGCUCAGUUAAACAGCGAUACAACUGUGCUCAGUUAAACGGCGAUACAACUGUGCUCAGUUUAACAGCGAUACAACUGUGCUCAGUUUAACAGCGAUACAACUGUGCUCAGUUAAACAGCGAUACAACUGUGCUCAGUUUAACGGCGAUACAACUGUGCUCAGUUUAACGGCGAUACAACUGUGCUCAGUUAAACAGCGAUACAACUGUGCUCAGUUUAACAGCGAUACAACUGUGCUCAGUUAAACAGCGAUACAACUGUGCUCAGUUUAACGGCGAUACAACUGUGCUCAGUUAAACGGCGUUACAACUGUGCUCAGUUAAACGGCGUUACAACUCUGCUCAGUGAAUCGGCGUUACAACUGUGAUCGGUUAAACGGCGAUACAACUGUGCUCAGUUAAGAAUGUUUUGCUGUCGUGCAAUUUUGCGUGUACUACAUAUUAUGUUAGACAAUGCUGCUUUUAGAUAUCUUGUACGUUUUUAUGUAUUUAGAAAAAAUACGUUUGGGUGCUUCUUAGCUAAAAUGACUUUUGUGGACAUGUAAAUUUUAUUAGUAGGUAUUAUGUAUUUCUCGUGUAGCAACUUUUUCUCAUAAAAAGUAUAUAAUUGCAUAGUAAAUACUACUAUACAAAUUAAUGUAAAUUAAUUUGUGUCAUUGUUUAAUUUUCAAGUAAAAGUUUCUCCAAUUAGGUACCUAAUAGUAUUUUCUUUUUGUUACAUCAAAACGUGUUUAGAUAUCCAUUAGGUUUUUGAAAUAAAUGAUUCUCUUCGCCGGAGUAUGUGUAAAAGUGUAGGUAAUAUAUUUUUAUAAGUUUAGAGUAUUGUCCAUGUUAUGUAUGGACAGUUAUUAGGACAGACGGAAAGAUGUAGUCGACUUAUGUUAGAAUGGCUGUUAUAUAUACAGAAGAUAAUAAAUAAGAUUCACAAUUGAAUAA